AUGGCGCGAGGCCCGAAAAAACACUUGAAGCGUUUAGCAGCCCCAAAACAUUGGAUGUUAGACAAGUUAGGGGGCGUUUUUGCACCUCGGCCAGUUUGUGGCCCCCACAAAUUGAGGGAAUCGCUGCCCCUAAUUUUAUUCUUACGAAACCGCUUGAAGUAUGCAUUGACUUACAACGAAGCGCGCAUGAUUUGUAAACAGCGACUAAUUAAAAUUGAUGGCAAAGUUCGCACUGAGAUGCGAUUUCCAGCAGGAUUUAUGGACGUCAUUUCGAUAGAAAAGACAAAUGAGACAUUCCGCCUGUUGUACGAUUCGAAAGGUCGUUAUGCUGUUCACCGUAUUACUGAUGCAGAGGGCAAAAUUAAACUUUGCAAGGUUGUUAAAAGAGGUGUGGGGCCAAAAGGCGUGCCUUACAUAGUAACUCAUGAUGCGCGUACAAUUCGUUACCCUGAUCCACAUGUUAAGGUGAACGAUUCUGUUGUUCUUGAUAUCGGGACUGGGAAAUUUAGUGAUUAUAUCAAAUUCGAUCAAGGUAACUUGUGCAUGGUCACUGGAGGGCGUAACACAGGUCGUGUUGGGAUCGUAGGUCAUAGGGAGAAACAUCCAGGUUCGUUUGAUAUCGUCCACAUAAGAGACGCGGCAGGACACUCCUUUGCCACCCGAAAUCAAGAACGCUGGCUUCAAGUAGCAUUCCGAUUUACUAAUGGAGUCCUAUUUUCUAUCACUGCCUGUGGAGUCACCGCAGUUUUUCUCAAAAUGUCAAUAAAGCAGUGUUUUCAGGUUGAGCAACGUGUUUAUCAUUGGAAAAGGCACGAAAUCGUCGAAGUGUUGCUUAUGCGAGUAGCGCAAAGUUAUAAAGAGCUUUGGUCGUCAUUAAAUGGAGUCGUGUGUGUUCACAAGCCUCGGGACGUCUCGUUAACAGCACUGAAGAAGCUGCUAACAACAGCUAUUUGUAAAGGAGUUAAUGAAUGUUGUCCACAAGAAGAGCUUCCUAGUGUAGAAAUACCCGUUGUGGAGCCUCACCAGGAAAGUCAAGCAUUAGUGAUUGUUGGUACGAGAAAGCUAAUUGACUAUAGCCUGCAUCCACUUGUGGUUGGAGGUGCUGUCGUUGAAGAAGAUGUUAGGUUAGAACCGUUGACCUAUUUCGAACCUUCAAGUUCUGGGGUCUGCUUAAUUGGUGUGAAUGAAGGGUGUGAUAAAAUGGAUAGCAUUGCUGAUCGUGCUUGGGUUAGUCAAUACAAAGUAAUGGGCCAGCUUGGAAGGGAAACGGUCAAUAAUCAACUCUUUAUUAAUCCCUCCGAUCAUCUUUUAGACAUGGUCACUUAUUAUAAAAUGCAGAAGUUGUUAUACAGAGUUCAAGCUCUAUACAAAAAGGUUGCUCUGGACUUGGCUAACGUAGAUGCUGAAAGUCAAGAAGCUUUUGAAUUGGUGAGAAAGGGUUUUCCUCGACCAAAAAUUUUGGGUGCUCCGAUAGUCGUUAGUGCGAAAGUGUCAUUUUUCAAACCUCCGAAUUUUCUUUUGACGCUUCAAUGUGUCAGCGAGACGGACUCAUUUAUACGCCAGUUCAUACGCGAAGUAGGAGUUAGUCUAGGCUCCACUGCAAGUUGCCGUGGUCUGCUGAGAACGCGUCUGGGACCGUUUGAUAGCGAGCAUUCGCUUCUGGACAAACAUUUCACUCUUAAAAAUCUUCUCGCAAAUAUGUCCAUAUCGAAACGUAUACUAGAUAAAGACGAAGAAACGAGAUGUAGUGAUGUUAUUAGCGCUAGUCCGAGGAUUUCUACAACCGAAGCAUUGGGAGAGCAGUUAUAUGAUAUUUUCGAACCUGAUGAUAACAGCCAAGAAGAAAUUGAAGAUUGUUUGCGAAUUCCGUGGGGGAGAAAUUACUCCUAA